AUGGGUAGGGCGAUCCUCGCAUUAUGCGUAGCUUACUUUCUACCGGUGGUGGUUUGGCGACAGCGAGGCGUUGGUGCUGCGUACCGAUGUACUGCUGAUGCCGUUCUUUUCCUGUCUUGGCCUGGGAAAGCUGGCAUUAUUCUGCCCACGCAGUGCUAUGAACCUUUCUUCAGACAGUUUCUUGAUACUCUGUCCACUAAGAGGAUAGUUAUUGCACCUUAUCUGCUGCAUCGAGCGGGGUGGAUAGAGUUUGGAUGCUACUCCUCACGCCUUCUAGUCUUCUUAUCCCCCCACUUACGCUUUAUCACCGUUAACGUCCCGUUUCAACCUCACUUUUAUCCUCCCGUUUCAACCCCCCAAUUCUUGGCCCUUGCAUACCUUACUUUGAUAGAC